CUUUUUUUUAGAGGUAAAGGAUAUACUCCACUUUAUUCCUCCGUUGCUUUUAAAAAGCAAGGAUCAUUCAUAGUAGUGUCUAGUCUGUCUAUUCCGAAAGUUCCCAUCCUUCAAAGUAAAAGGCUCAUAAUUUCUGUCUCAAUUAUAGUAUCAAUUCUGCCAUUGUUACCAAAUUUAGGCAUCGGAAAUGGAUCAUCGACCUACGAUAAUGGUGACGAAUGACGAUGGCAUCGACGCUCCUGGCUUGCGAGCGUUGGUUCGAGUCCUCGUUUCCACCAAUCUUUACAAUGUCACUGUCUGUGCUCCCGAUUCGGAAAAAUCGGCUGUUAGCCAUGGGAUCACAUGGCGUCAUCCUAUUCUUGCCAAGAAAGUGGAGAUUGAGGGAACAACAGCUUUUUCUGUUUCUGGCACUCCAGCAGAUUGUUCGUCUUUGGGAGUCUCUGAUGCUCUGUUUACAUCAAUUCCAAACUUGGUAUUAAGUGGUAUAAAUAUGGGAAGUAACUGUGGUUAUCAUAUUGUUUACUCUGGGACGGUCGCUGGGGCUCGAGAAGCAUUCUUCAAUAAUAUACCAGCAAUAUCGAUCUCAUAUGAUUGGGUUGGUGGUGUGAGUAAUAUUGAUGAUUAUACUUUAGCUGCUCAGGCGUGUUUACCAAUCAUAAAUGCUGUGUUAGCUGAGAUAAAAAGUAAAACCUAUCCACAAAGAUGCUUUUUGAAUAUAGAUCUGCCAACAAAUAUCCGGUGUCACAAGGGUUACAGAUUGACAUCGCAGGGUAAAAGUAUUUACAGAAUGGGGUGGAAGCAAGUUACAUCCGGUGAACGAGGAAAAAUGACAUCAGCAAUGGAAAUGGACAUGGAUUCAACACAGGACGAUAAUUCAUCGGCAAUGUCUCAGGAUCAAUUGUUGUUCAGGAGGGUGGCGUUAGAACAUUCGAUUGAUGAAUCAGAUAAGGACAUACGAUCUCUGCAAGAAGGAUACAUAUCAGUUACUCCCCUUGGUGCAAUCUCUCCGGCUGAAGCAGAUUGCCAGGCAUACUUCAAAAAUUGGCUUCCUAGUGUCUCGGAGCGCAGUUUUUCAGCGUUAUGAUUAGUAAGUCCGCAACCAGUCAUUCAUGUAUCAUCAAAACCCGCUAUUAAACAUGAUAUCUGGCGUUGUAGCGUGCAUGAGCUUUAUCGUGUAAAUUGUUUGUUGUCUAUCAAAAAUGAAAACAUCUAAUUGUUUGAAGUACAAUAAUUGUAAAAAAGUAUGUUCCUAUUGAAAUUACAUACCCUCUCCAGUCUCCACAAUGAGGCUUUGGGCAUCUCAGAUGAAACAAAUUUAUGUCAAA